AAGAAGAUUAUGACUGAUUAUGCGCCGGAUUCCCUUGCCAGCCCUACUCAAGAGCUGGAGAAAGGAAAGGAAGCAACCACUUUUCAGGAAAUUGAUACUGACGAUAGAAAACGUAGAUUAUCUGAGAAUAACUUUAUUCGCUUGUCUUCUAACGAUCUUAUAACAAAUCCGUUAGAUUGGGCCAAGACACCUCUCAAUAGACCUCGCGAAAGCAUAUCUAUAAGCGUUCUCAAGACAAUAAUUAAAAAUUUUCGUCCAGAAGUCGAAAAGAUUAUUGAAGACAAGAAAAAACUAAGAGUCAAUGAAAAGCCCAAAACAAAUAGCAUUGAAGAUUCCAAUGUUAUAAAUAUUAGGCCAAACACCGACAUAUACAAUUUUUUCAAGCGCCUUCCUUAUACUUUUGAGCAAGCACUAAAAGAUGCUGAAGAAGGAAAAGGAUUCAAGUUAAAAAUUAAUAUAAUUUGGGACCCUGUCAAGGAUCAAAUAAUUGUUGAAGAUAACGC